AUGCGCCAAACAGCUGGGUCAUCCUUCUUCUGGUACUUGGUUGCCUCGUUUUUGAUGUUGGCCAGCGUCGCCUCCGCUUUUUACGUGCCGUACGGAGAGGACUACUACUUCGCGCCGGCAGCGGAAAAACGAUCAGUCGCCUUCGCGCCACGCCCAGGAUCCAUUUGGAGUAAGCUGCAAUCGAAAAUCUUCUACAAGGGACACGAGAAACGCGAGUUCAGCGCCGACGACCUAUCGCUCCGAUUCGGCAAGCGCUCCGGGCCGUCAUCGUUGCACUUCAACCCCGAGGAUAUCCACCUUCGAUUUGGGCGCAAA